GUUCACACAGUGCUGUGAGGUAGGACAUCCGCGUGUCAAAAGAUACUGGCUGUAGCUAGCCCCUCUGCAUUCAGUGUGCAGGAAAGCAGGACAUCCUUCACUGCCACAAUCUCCUGUUUGAUUGUUGAGUAGUCUAGUCAAAACGAAGCCAUGGAGAGCCCAGAGGAAUCUCCCACCGGCCAUCUUUACUUGCUGCACAGACACAGGGUACAAAAGCCCUUGUUCAAUGCCUAGUUUAAUAUCAUACUCACAGCUCAGUCAGUCACCAUGUCUCUCACUCCAUUGGAAAUAGUCAAUGUCGGUAACCAAAAGAAAAUCCAAGCUUUCACCGCCAGUGAUCCUGUAGCCAUGGGCAAUGUUUACACUGAGAACUGCAGGACUAUGCCUCCCAAGAAAGGCGUCAUACAUGGCAGGGAAGCUACCACUGCAUUCUUCAAGCAAGGCAUGGAAAGUGGUCUUGGAAGUCUUGCUCUGAAGACAGAAGAGGUAGGACCGACUGGAGAGACGCUUUAUGAAAGGGGAACAUUUUCUUUUCAUGGUAAAGAUGGUUCAGUCAUAGAGGAGGGAAAGUAUGUGACCAUCUGGAAAGAGGUGGCGGGCGUUUGGUACAAUGAUGUGGACAUUUGGAAUCUCAAUGCCUAGCUAGAUCUCAGUUACCUACACAUGAUACAUGUAUGCAGUUGUGUACCAUUGGUGGUUUAAAUUUCAAUGAUAAUGAGAUCAAUUUUA